UAAAUUCACAACUAAUCAAACGCAACGAAGUUGAAUUUCUUUUCUGCUGUUGAUCAAACGCCCAACAAUUUUUUGUUUUCCUAUUAAACGCGUGUGAUUUCUUUCUAAAGUUUGCAAAACAUUCCAAAGCACAAAUAAACAGCGAUAACAUCGUAAUUUGACCGUGAGUGCAACCCUAUAAGCAGCAGAUAGCAGCGAUGAACUUUCUCGGAUUUGGCCAGUCGGCCGAGAUCGAUAUCGUUUUUGACGGUGCGGAAAACAGGAAAACUGCCGAGGUCAAGUUAGAAGAUGGAAAAAUUGAAAAAAUGUUGCUGUACUACGAUGGCGAAACGGUGUCGGGCAAGGUGAAUGUGACUCUGAAGAAACCUGGGAGCAAAUUGGAACACCAAGGGAUUAAAAUUGAAUUUAUUGGUCAAAUCGAGUUGUUUUACGAUCGUGGGAAUCACCACGAAUUCAAAUGUAUCACCAAAGCGUUAGCACGUCCCGGUGAUCUUAUACAAAACCACAGUUAUCCCUUUGAUUUUCAAAAUGUUGAAAAACAAUUUGAAGUUUAUGCCGGUUCAAAUGUACGUUUGCGUUAUUUCUUGCGUGCAACUAUUGUGCGUCGCAUCAGUGAUAUUACACGUGAAGUGGACAUUGCUGUACAUACGCUUUGCAGUUAUCCCGAAUUGAACAGUCCUAUUAAAAUGGAGGUAGGCAUCGAAGAUUGCCUACAUAUUGAGUUCGAAUACAAUAAGAGUAAAUACCAUCUGAAAGAUACAAUAAUUGGUAAGAUAUAUUUCUUAUUAGUGCGCAUAAAAAUUAAACACAUGGAAAUUGCAAUUAUUAAACGCGAAUCAACUGGCACGGGUCCGAAUAUGUUCACUGAGAAUGAGACAAUCGCCAAGUACGAAAUCAUGGACGGUGCACCGGUGAAGGGUGAGAGCAUACCAAUACGUGUAUUUCUUGCUGGUUACAAUUUAACGCCCACUAUGCGUGAUAUAAACAAGAAAUUCUCGGUAAAGUACUUCCUAAAUUUGGUGUUGAUGGACACGGAGGAUCGUCGAUACUUUAAACAACAGGAGAUAACACUUUGGCGUAAAGCGGACAUACCACGCUACCACAACCAAGGACAGCAACAGCAUACUAGUAUGGUGCACGCACAUCAUCCGCAGCAUGCUUCGGCACAUUUAGCUAGUGGUCCUGCUGCACCCACAAUGGCAAGUGUUGGCAGUAGUACCGUUGGCACUGGCAUAGAUAGUGAUUCAAGCGCUACAGGUGCAGCGCCCGAGUCCAAAAUGGGUUUGUUCACACGCGAGAGUCCCAAUCAAGAAUUCAGUCAACAAGUAGACUCUUUGCCCACAUCACCAACAACACCACCGCCAGUAGAGCGCGGCAUUGGUGAUGGAGCUGCCGCUACUAACACUUCACCGGUUAUGCUUUCCACUACACCACCACCAUUACCGCCAGUGUCUGCAACAACAGCAACAACAACAGCGUCACAGCCUGAGCCGGAUGAUUUUCUUGCAGGCGAAACCCAACCGAUACCAACGCCAGCAAUGGAUGCGGCACCGGACAAAGACGGUAUGACUAAUGUGUCGCUGGCACCCACCGAUAUAGAUAUCGAUGUUGCGCCAACGAAAUCUGAAACCAGUGGCGUGGAAACGAAGAAGCGAGAAACUGCCACACCGCUAAUUGCGGAUUGAGAAAUAUCUGCGCUAAAGGAACAGACAAACAAUUAGUGUUGCAAGUGCUUAAAGCCGUCACUUUAAAAGCGAAUUGCUAAACAGCAGUGCUAUUUUUUGUUGGUUGGCUGUAAUCCUAACAAUUCUAACAAUAUUUAAAACAAGCUAUUUCCUGGGCCUACGAUUUAGUUACCAUUUUGGCAAGGCACGCAUUAAAGCACACAAACUCACAAGAGAAAAAAAAUAUGUUUUUUGUUGUUGUCCUCGUAUCACCAAUUAUAAUAUACUGCUUACAUAAAAACA